AUGGAAGAAAAUUCCGGCUCCGGUGUGCCGUUGAGUUUUCAUGCCCCCGCGAAGUCCAGGCGUGCAUCAAGUACAUCUAGUGCCUCGUCAUCCGCGUCUUCGAGUGCUGGACAUCAUCAUAGGAAGAAUCGCCGCCGCAACCGCAGAAAUGAUAAGCGUAUGAAGCGUUUGGAAAAGGCAGUAGACAAUCUUACUGCCACCGUAAGUACUAUAGUAAAAGGUCAGUCAAUACAUUCUGUUCCUAAAAUGCACGAGAAUAGUGAUUCUGACGCGCUGUCUAUCUUGGUCCCCGACGAUUCGGAGGCUUCUUUUAGCCACGAUAAAACUGAAGAGAAGAGUAUACUCUUCGAAGGCGCGUUCCCGAGCUCUAACAGCGCCUGCGACCAGCUCCAACGCACCGUUAUCGCAAGGUCGAAAACGCCGGACAACUCCGUCAUUUUGUCGAUCGAUGGAGAAAGUGGGGAGCACCCGACCAUGUUC